AUGACUGGAGCUACAGUGAGUGAUGACCAGGCGUGUCCCAGUUAUAUUCAAGAAGAAUGUGUCAUCCCAUGCCCAUUUGAUUGCAAGUUAAGUGACUGGUCUAGUUGGGGGUCUUGCAGCUCAUCUUGUGGAAUUGGAGUGCGAAUUCGGUCCAAAUGGCUAAAAGAAAAACCUUACAAUGGAGGUCGCCCAUGUCCCAGACUGGAUCUCAAGAAUCAGGUGCAUGAGGCAGUCCUAUGCUACAGUGAAUGCAAUCAGUAUUCCUGGAUUGUAGAACACUGGUCUCCAUGCAAAAUCCACAAUGAGCUGAGGUCUCUGCGCUGCGGAGAAGGAAUGCAAUCUAGGAAAAUCAGAUGUGUGAAUGCUGCUGAUAGUGAAGGGGGAGCCGUGGAUAACAGCCUGUGCAGCCAGGAUGAAAUUCCCCCAGAAACCCAGUCGUGCUCUCUUCUGUGUCCCAGUGAAUGUGUCAUGUCCGAGUGGGGGCCUUGGAGCAAAUGCCCACAGUCAUGUGAUCCCCACUCAAUGCAGAGAAGAACCCGCCAUCUGCUGAGACCCUCACUGAAUUCAAGGACAUGUGCUGAAGACUCACAGGUGCGGCCUUGCCUCCUCAAUGAAAACUGCUUCCAGUUCCAGUACAAUCUAACAGAUUGGAGCAUGUGCCAGCUAAGUGAAAAUGUCACCUGCGGACGAGGCGUCAAGACCCGCCUUCUGAGCUGUGUGCGCAGUGACGGCAAGCUGGUUGGUGUGGACCAGUGUGAGCAGCGUAACUUGGAGAAGCCCCAGAGAAUGAGCAUUCACUGCCUGGUGGAAUGUGUGGUCAACUGUCAGCUCUCAGGGUGGACAGCUUGGACAGAAUGUUCAAAGACUUGUGGCCAUGGAGGUCGAAUGAGCCGGACUCGAUUUAUCAUUAUGCCAACCCAAGGAGAAGGACGACCAUGCCCCACAGAGCUGACCCAGCAGAAAACCUGCCCAGUGACACCCUGUUACAGCUGGGUCCUCGGCAACUGGUCCUCAUGUAAAUUGGAGGGUGGAGACUGUGGGGAAGGAGUCCAGAUCCGCAGCCUGUCCUGCGUGGUCCACAAUGGUUCAAUCUCUCACUCGGCUGUAAGUGUAGAUGAUGCCCUGUGUGGAGAAAUGCCUUUUCAAGACAGCAUCCUGAAACAGCCAUGUUCUGUGCCUUGCCCAGGAGACUGCCACUCAACGGAAUGGUCAGAAUGGAGCACAUGUGAAUUAACCUGCGUCAAUGGAAGAAGCUUCGAGACAAUGGGCCGCCAAUCUAGGUCAAGGACAUUUAUAGUCCAGUCUUUUGAGAACCAAGACAGCUGCCCUCAGCAGGUUCUAGAAACACGCCCUUGUGCAGGAGGCAAAUGUUAUCACUACACAUGGAAAGCAAGUCUUUGGAACAAUAAUGAACGAACUGUAUGGUGCCAACGUUCAGAUGGCAUUAAUGUCACAGGAGGCUGCUCCCCUCAGGCACGUCCUGCUGCUAUCCGGCAGUGUAAUCCAGCCUGCAGAAAACCUUUCUCCUACUGUACACAGGGUGGAGUCUGUGGCUGUGAGAAGGGUUAUACAGAGAUCAUGAGAUCCAAUGGUUUCCUGGAUUACUGCAUGAAAGUACCCGGCUCUGAAGAUAAAAAAGCUGAUGUGAAGAACCUUGCGGGGAAAAACAGACCUGUGAAUUCAAAGAUACAUGACAUUUUUAAAGGAUGGUCACUUCAACCCCUUGAUCCAGAUGGCCGUGUAAAAAUAUGGGUUUAUGGAGUUUCAGGUGGAGGUUUUCUUAUCAUGAUUUUCCUAGUAUUUACUUCCUACCUUCUUUGCAAGAAACCAAAACCACAUCAAAGCACACCUCCCCAACAGAAGCCUCUGACCUUAGCCUACGAUGGAGACUUAGACAUGUAACCUGAAAAGAAAUCCAAAUGUAGACAUCAACUGCCUUAACCGCUUUCUCUUUUGUAGCUCUCAGACUUCUCAGUUUUUUGAGGAAUCUCUUGAUGUGAUACAUUGGGCAGAAUACAAAAAUUGCAAAAGUAAUAUUGCCUAACUUCAUUUGGACAUGGAGUCAAGGAUUAUUAGGUCUGCCAUUUUGCUUUCAAGUUGUUUGUGGGUGUGUGUUUAAUUUUUUGAUUUUCCCAAGGGUCCUGAAAACCCUUCUCUUCCUGUUUGGAAAUGGGAGGAAGAAAACAUGAUGGAAUUCCCACAGACUUCAGUAAACUUUAUCUUCAGCAGCAUGAUGACAAUCUGGAGGAAAAUCCAAUCAAGGCAUUUACUGUAAAUGACGAGCCUGACACUGCUUUGUUAUGCACUAUAUUAGUGCAAGUCUUUAUUCUUCCCAUACUUCAACACUGAGUUUUCUAGAGUUUACAUUGGUUCAGAGACUUUCAAAUUGGAUUGCCUAUUUUCAUGAACACAGAGAGAAUGGUUUACCAUUUCAGAAAUUCUCUGAGUUUUUACCUUUAGUUUUGUAGCCAGGGGAUGAUGGCACUUCAUGGGUUGCAUUUAUUGAAGAAAAAAAAAAAAAAAAAGAGUGGGCAUAACUGCUGGUCUAGAUGAAAGCUAGGUGGUUUCUGAAUGAAAUAUGUAUUGAGUGUUAGGUGGUUAUAUUGGAGAAUGAGGUAGAUUAUUUGAUUACUAACACUGUAUUUUAACAAAAACUUAGCCAUGUAGAUAUAGUACUAUACCAUACACACUUGUAAUUCAGUUUAACGAUGACAAACUCUGCUUUUAUAAUUUCAAUUUUCUUAUCUGAAUAUUUAUAAAUUCUUUUUUUGAAUUUAAUUCUCUGACCUCAUUUAAUAUACAUCAAACACCAAUCCUGUUUAUAGCGAGUCUUGCUUUUAUAAGGUUUCAAUAAUACCUAGAAACAUUAAAAAGCUGAAACCAUUUUAUGAUGAUAAUUGUUUGUAAUUGUAGAUGUUGAGAGUAAGAAGGUGCCAUCUUGUGGUAUUGACUUGUAUUUAUAACAAAUAAAGUGCUCAAGA